AUGCUUUUGUGCAGCACGCCCCUCCUCUUCCUGCAAUUCAGCGUGCAUGGCUGUGAUGACUUUCCCUCCUCAGCGGCCUUCUCUGUCAAGGCAGGACUCUACACUCUUCAGUCUAUCCUGCACUUUCUUCUUCUGCUUGUGCUGCUGCGAUUGCUGACCACGGGAUUCGCACAUGAGGAAACUGGCGGCAAUCCCUGGUUUGGCGGUGCCACUAGGCAGAGUACAAAUUCGAUGGAGCAUACGCCACUGAAGCGGAAGGAGCAGCUAGUUGAGCGCUCCCUUGAAUCCGUCGAGGGUAGAUCAGGUCGAAUUGCCUGGAGGAGUGUGCGCGGUCUUCUGUGCGGCUGUGUUUGUCUCAACUUGUGUAUCUAUCUUCUGGCUCUGGCGGCCACCUGUUAUCAGGGUGUGAACAAUACGAUGUCUAAUGAGUGGGUCCGCCUUACCAGCAUUGGCAGUGUCAUUCGUAACCAUUUGGAGGGAUUUCCUCCAAUGGUUGUUGUGGAUCAAAUGGAACGGCAAUUGGCAAUGUCAACGGUGUUGAAAUACAGAAACGGAACAAGAACCACAUUGCCAACCUGUUGGAAGAAGAGUUUCGAGGUGGGCGGUUUCAGGGAGGAUAAAUGCGAUGAGAAGUACCACCCAGGAGAUGGCCAUGACUUCCACCAUAAUCGGACAAAUUCCAAACUGGUUACGUUUUUCCGGUUCUACUUCAGGAACGAAACCUCACCCCACCCUGAGAGGCAGAUCCUUUACAUUGAGGCGAGCAGUAUGGACCUCCUCCUCCUCCUCCUCAUCAUCAUCAUCAUCAUCAUCAGCAUCAUCGUAAUCACCAAAAUACCAAACCGGGGUAGCCAGUGA